CACGACCGCGACUCCAAAAUUGCCUGUGCCUAUAUAACUCCCUCACUCCUUUCCCUCCUCCAUUUUGCAUUCUCACUCUAACAAACCUCUCUCUGUCUCUCUCUUCUUCUUCCUCUCUCUCUCUCUCUCUCUCUCUCUCUCUCUCUCUCUCCAAACCCUAGGUUUCGAUCACCGUCGCAGUGCUCCUUAGGUCUUAGUCUCCGAGUCUCGGAGCUUCCAUCACUCUGUGUUCGUCUUCCUCGCUCUGCGUUCAAAUUUCAGUGAGCGAACAAUGGCGGCUAUGGAGAAUGACUUUCAGGAUCGCCGGAAUUUGAAGCUAGUUCACGAUAACGUUCACGGCAUCGUCUACCUCGAACCGCUCUCCUUGAAUUUUAUUGACACUGAACAGUUUCAGAGGCUUCGUGAUCUGAAGCAACUUGGUCUGACCAGCAUGGUUUACCCUGGAGCUGUACAUUCUAGAUUUGAGCAUUCACUUGGGGUAUAUUGGCUUGCUGGUGAAGCUAUCAAUAAAAUCAAAACUUACCAAGGCGAGGAGCUUGGAAUUGACAGCUUUGAUGUGAGAACAGUAAAACUUGCUGGACUACUGCAUGAUAUUGGCCAUGGGCCUUUCAGCCACAUGUUUGAGAGCGCGUUUCUUCCUCGGGUUCAUUCUGGUGACAAAUGGUCCCAUGAGGAUAUGUCUGUGAAGAUGAUUGACUACAUUGUCGACGAGCACCACAUUGACAUUGAUUCUGAAGAGCUAAAGAGAGUGAAAGACCUGAUCCUGGCUAGCUCUAAACAUGUGGCACAGAAUGCUGCACCAGAAAAGCGGUUCUUGUAUGAUAUUGUUGCUAAUGGACGCACUGGAAUAGAUGUUGACAAGUUUGAUUACAUUGAACGUGACUCCCGUGCCUGUGGCAUAGGCUGUAAUUUUCACUUUGAGAGGCUGAUGGAAACCAUGCGAGUUAUGGAGGAUGAGAUAUGUUACCGUGCUAGUGAAUAUCUGACAAUCAACAAGCUGUUUAUGACUCGGGCUAAUCUGCAUCGGACUGUCUAUACGCAUGCAAAAGUGAAGGCUAUUGAACUCAUGGCCGUUGAUGUUCUGUGCAAAGCAAAUGCUGAACUUGGGAUUGCAGACUCCAUUCACAAACCAUCUGAAUUCUGGAAGUUAGAUGAUUCAAUUCUGAAAAAAAUUGAAACGUCUGACAACCCUGAGCUGAAGGAGGCAAAGGAUUUAAUCUUACGCAUUCGAAGAAGGGAUCUCUACCAGAUCAGAGGGAAUCCAAUUGUUACAACUUUAUUUGCUUUGCAGUUCUGCAAUGAGUUAACUGUUCCAAAGGACAGACUACAUAACUUCAACGAUAUUACAGCCAAAGAUAUAAUUUGUUCUCAGAAAGCUGGCAAUGUUACGCUACAGGAGGAAGAUGUGGUUGUGAUCACUGUUAAAAUUGAUUGGACUAAUGACAGGAACAGCCCUCUUGAAAGAGUCCAUUUCUUCAAUGACUAUGAGAGUACUGAUAAAUUCCGAAUCCAAGUUGAUCGUGUAAGUCACUUGCUUCCUGCAUUUUAUCAAGACAAGAUAGUCAGGGUCUACUCCAAGAAGCCGAACCUGGUUGCAGCAGUUGCAGAUGCUUUUGAGAAUUAUCAGCUGAAGACAUAUGGGAGGAUAGUACAAGUACAUUCAACUCCGGAGAAAAAGAAAAAAAGAACUGCACGAAGCUUAGCGCUGCAGUGAAUGAUGUCUUUUACUCCUACCUCCUCCAUCUCACUUUUGGUUGGAAAACGUAUAUGCUGUGCAGAAUUGGAAUAGGAAAGUUGCCAUUACAUCCAUUUAUCUGACUGAACAAACGAUUAGUUCCACAUGUUUUGGAUUUAGGAAAUCAGUAACUUUGUAGAUCUACCUAUGCACACACUACAAAUCCACUGGUCUGAAACACAUGAAAGCCAUGGGAGAAAAUGGGUAAACCAAUGUGUUCUGCAUUUUUGCAUCUGAAUGUGUUCAGGUGUUGUUCUACAGUCAUUGAGAAAAUCGCUUUACGGAAUUGGUGUACAAGAAUCAUGAUUUUGGACUUUAUUUUCUUGUUCAUAUAUAAUUUGCCUACUGGUUCAUUGUAUGCCUGGCUCAGGCUUAUGAGA